GCAGGAUUACGGCGGGUGGCUCGGCGGGAAGGGCUGUGGCGAGGCUCGGUUGGCGGCGGGGAGCGGCUCACGGCUUGAGGUUAAACCUUGCCACCUGGAUGACUAAACAUACAGUUCACCUGAGACUGAACCAGAAUUACUGAAUUUAGGUGACUGAAGAUGCUGCUGCUGUGGAAACAGCUGUUCCUGGUAUCAUUUGUUGGCUGUCUUGGAGAUCUUGAAAACUCCAGGACGAAAAUGAGAAGCGCGGUGUCAGUUCGAGAGGGACAGGGAGUCGUGCUGCUCUGCGGACCACCCCCCCGGGCGGGAGAAUUAUCAUUUGCUUGGAUCUUCAAUGAAUAUCCGUCAUUUGUACAAGAGGACAGUCGGCGAUUUGUGUCUCAAGAGACCGGUCACCUCUACAUAGCCAAAGUCGAGCCAUCAGAUGUAGGAAAUUACACCUGUGUUGUAACCAGCACUGUGACCAACAGCCAAGUUCUUGGGUUGCCAACUCCUCUAGUACUACGGACAGACGGUGUGAUGGGAGAAUAUGAACCCAAAAUAGAAGUUCAGUUUCCUGAGACACUUCCUGCAGCUAAAGGCUCAACUGUGAAGCUAGAAUGCUUUGCACUAGGAAACCCUGUGCCUCAGAUUAAAUGGAGAAGAACUGACGGUCUGCCGUUUCCAAGUAAAAUAAAGCUGCGGAAAUCCAACGGCAUGAUUGAAAUACCUAAUUUCCAGCAGGAGGAUGCAGGACUAUAUGAAUGUAUUACUGAAAACUCCAGAGGAAAAAACAUCGCAAGAGGACGUCUCACUUACUAUGCAAAACCUCACUGGAUCCAGAUGAUAAAAGAUACUGAAGUUGCUGUAGAGGACACCUUAUACUGGGAUUGCAGAGCAAGUGGGAAGCCCAAACCAUCGUAUAGGUGGCUGAAGAAUGGAGACCAACUGUCAAUAGAGGGAAGGAUCCAAAUUGAAAAUGGUGCACUUACAAUAUCAAAUCUAAAUCUGACAGAUUCUGGCAGAUACCAAUGCAUAGCUGAAAAUAAACAUGGCGUCAUCUCUUCGAGUGCAGACCUCAGGGUUGUAGCUUCUGCUCCAGAUUUUUCUAAGAAUCCAAUGAAGAAACUGAUCCAGGUUCAAAUAGGCAGCACAGUUACUUUUGAAUGCAAACCCAAAGCUUCCCCUAAGGCCAAAUGCUCCUGGAAGAAGGGAGGUGAGCAGCUACACGAAAAUGAAAGAAUCAUGUUAUUAAAGGAUGGAGAACUAAGAAUAGCCAAUGUGACCAAAGUUGAUGCUGGAAGCUACAUGUGCCUGGCAACAAACCAGUUUGGAACAGCCAGUGGCUCAACAAACUUAAUAGUUACAGAGCCAACAAGGAUUACUUUGGCACCCUCCAACAUGGAUGUCACUGUUGGAGAAAGCGUCAUCUUGCCUUGCCAGGUUCAGCAUGAUCCUAUACUGGACAUCAGCUUCACCUGGUAUUUUAAUGGAACGCUCACCGAUUUCAAGAAAGACGCUUCUCAUUUUGAGAAGGUUGGAGGGAGUGCAUCAGGAGAUUUAAUGAUUAGAAACAUACAGCUGAAACAUAGUGGAAAAUACGUUUGUAUGGUGAAGACAGAAGUGGAUAGCGUAGCAUCUGCAGCAGACCUUAUCGUACGAGGCUCUCCUGGGCCCCCUGAACACGUGAAAGUGGAUGAAAUAACUGAUACCACAGCUCAGAUCUCCUGGCAAGAAGGCACAGAUAAUCACAGCCCGGUAACCACUUACACCGUACAAGCAAGGACACCCUUUUCAGUUGGCUGGCAGCGAGUUACAACAGUUCCAGAUGUGAUCGAUGGAAAAACAUUCACAACCACAGUAGUGGAUUUAAAUCCUUGGGUUGAAUAUGAAUUUCGUGUAGUUGCCAGUAACAAAAUAGGAGGUGGAGAACCUAGUUUACCCUCAGAAAAAGUAAGAACUGAAGAGGCAGUUCCUGAAAUUCCCCCAUCUGAAGUCAGUGGGGGAGGAGGCAGCAGGUCUGAACUGGUCAUAACAUGGGAUCCCAUCCCUGAAGAAUUACAAAAUGGAGAAGGAUUUGGCUAUGUUGUUGCUUUCCGCCCCUUUGGCACCACAACAUGGAUACAGACCGUGGUCACCUCUCCUGACACACCAAGAUACGUCUUCAGGAAUGAAAGCAUCUUGCCCUUUUCACCAUAUGAAGUCAAAGUUGGCGUCUAUAACAAUAAAGGAGAAGGGCCGUUUAGUUCAGUAACCACAGUUUUUUCAGCUGAAGAAGAGCCUAGCAUAGCACCCUCUGGUGUAUCCGCAACGAGUCUGUCAUCCUCGGUCAUCGAGGUCUCCUGGACAGCCAUUCCCUGGAAGAUGAGUAGUGGAAGGUUACUGGGCUACGAGGUUAGGUACUGGAAUAAUGGUGAAAAAGAAGAAUCGUCAAACAGAGUAAAAGCUGCAGGGAAUGAGACAUCAGUAAGAAUAACAGGUUUGAAGAGCAACUUAGCAUACUACACAGCUGUCCGUGCUUAUAACAGUGCUGGAGCAGGUCCCUUUAGUGCCACGGUAAAUGCUACCACAAAAAAGACACCACCCAGUCAACCGCCGGGAAACGUUGUGUGGAAUGUCACCGACUCCAGAGUAAUCCUCAGCUGGGAGGAAGUAAGAGCUAUGGAGAAUGAGUCUGAGGUGACUGGAUAUAAGGUUUUGUACAGGACCAGCAGUCAGACCACUAUAAACGUGCUGAACACGGACAAGACAACCGCUGAGCUUCUGCUCCAGUUUAACGAAGAUUACAUUAUAGAAGUAAAAGCAACAACUGAAGGCGGAGAUGGCACUAGCAGCGAUCAGAUCCUGAUACCCAGACUAGCUAGUAUGGAUGCAAGAGGUUCUGGUCCAUCAGUCUUGAAUAUCUUCAGUGUAUCCAGCUUCUUACCAACAAUAUUUUCCUUGACUCUUAAUUCAGUGUUGUGAUGAUACAUUUUCAUUUGCUGGGGGAAAAAAAAGAAAAAAUCAGUUACUACAGAGAAGUGCUUUUUUUAAAAAAACUGCAGUGGUUAAUGCAUGUUUUUCUUCUCUCCUGACGUGUUUUUAAAUUCUUUAUAUUUCACUGUAGGUUGAAGUAAAAAUAUCAUGUAAAGUUUAGCAAAUCCUUUAAAAAGGAAUCUAAAAUGCCUUAAUACUUGAACCAAAGGAGUUUACAUAUUACGUACUUAAGAUAAAACGUAGAGAGAGGGAGAGCAAUGGCACUAUGAUCAUAGUUACGAGGAAGAGCUUAGCUCAGUGAGAAACUCCAUUUUUGCAGUGACACUGAAUUGUUUUGGGUAUGUUCUGCAUUGUUACAAUAACGUCAUUCGACAUAUGAAAGAAGAAAUCAGAGACAUAGCGUUUCAAUUGGAUGAUAACACGUCGACAGAGCAGCCGUUCUUAAGCCAGUGUGUCAUAAUCCAGUAGGUUUGGAUCAGUUUUCUUACUGCCCUUUAUACAAAUUACUCUAAAUCUAGCAAGGAAUCAAAGGCGGAAGGUAGAGAAAAGUCGCAGUAUGGACAUCAGUUUUGCACAGUCCACGUUGGGGUGUCCAAGGGGCAGGGCUUCCACUACUACUCUUUAAGAAAUGAUUUCACAGCCCUGUUUCAAAGGCGGCUGUCUGUUUUAUCGCAGUGUAUGUAAGUUUAUGUACCUUUUCAAAAGCCUAAUCUUCCUCUCUAGCAAUAGCUUUUGAAGUUAAUUUCCUUAUAGCUAUAGUUCUUAACGAGGUUCUUUAUCCAUAAUCAAAUUCUCUCAUGUUCAGGAUCAUUUUUACUGCCCUUUUCUGAACUCCGGUCAGUGUGUUUCACUAACAAACAAAAGUGCCCAGCUGUAAGCAUUACUGAAAUGCAGUUGCACCAUGGCCUUAUGAAAAGGGACUACUACCACCUCCCUCCCUUGUGAUGUGGUGCUUCCAAAUAUGCAACCCCAAAUUACCUUGCUCUUCUGUCCACUGCACUGCACUGUAAACUCAUCCUUAAUUCAGUGUUACAUUCAUAACUCUCCUUCCUUCUGCUCUUCAACCAAUUCAAAACUAUUUCACCUGCUCUUGCACUCUAAUGCACCCUAUUUCUGUCACAUGAUUCUGGUAAGUUUAUGGCAAUACUAUAGGUCAUAAUAAAAAAAUACACAAAGACACUUCAAGCUUGCUAUUAUAGAGAAAUCUACACUUUCUUUCAUAGCAAUAUAUUAAAGAUACAUUAAACCUGGUACGUUUGACUUCUAUAUUUGUGAAUUUAGUCAAAUCAGCCUUUUAGACACCUCUUAGAGAGCUGCCUAUAUACGCAGUAGAGCAAGUGUUCAUGUGACAUUAAAGCAUAUCCUUUUAAAGACUUUUUUUUUUUUCAGUCUCUCAGUAUUAUUACAAUACACAGAACUAUAAAGGGAGAGAACCAGGAUUAAUGAAAUUAUGAUAGCACUGUAGAAAAGAUACCUUGAUAUGCAUUCAAAUAGCAAAUUACCUUAUUAGUAUCACAUCCAGAUGAAAAUAUGUGCUAACUGUUGAAGUAAGCAAGAUCUGUAUAUACUGUACAUAUAUAGUUAUAAACGGCUAGUUGCUUUUCAAUGUGGCUAACCAGUGAUGUUUUCAGACACUUGCAAAUGGGGGGGGCAGGGAUGGAAAAACAGGUGUUACUAGUAAGUAUAUAGUUAUGUUUCAUGCAACAAAGGGUGACUCUUUCUAUUCUUGUUUCACAAAGUUCUAGUCCAUGUUCCUGUAUUGCCAUUUUCAUGUGAUUACAUUGUAUUAUUUAAUUUCUAGUUAUAUAUCUCCAUGAGAUAUGUACCGAGUACCUUGUUUCAUAUUGAAAAGUUUGAAAUUUAUCCUUAAACUUCCAGUUGUGUGUGUAUCCUAUGGUUAUCUGUAUGCAUUUUUUUCUAUUACUCUAAUAAAAUAUUUAUUACAUUGAGGGAUACAAGAA